GCAUAACUUUGCCAACCAUGGAAGUCGGUAAAGCAACAUCAAAAUUUUGGACGUUGACCGAAGUAUUGUAACCUGUAUAACUUUUAAUAAGUUUGAUAAUCGCAAUCAUGAUGAACAUUCAUAGUAUUAUGUUGUUACAGUAUUGUUUGUACAAAUGAUUCAACGAUUCAACAAUCUCAUGCUUUAUUUUCAUCGCAGUGUAACAUAUUAUGUUUCACGAGACAAUGCAAAGCAUACGUAAUAUUUAAACAGAGACUAACCUCCCUUUCGAUAAGGCCACAUUAUAUGCAAAAUUGCGAGGAAACGAAGAAAUAGAACGUGUAAAACAAUUGAAAACACUAGAUGUCAUGUCGUAGUCAUUUCAAUGGCUUUAAUGAAACUGCGCGACAUUUUUGAAAAAAAUGAUCUUCCUGGAAGAAAAUCAAAGGGAGAAGGUUGAAGGAUUGUAUCUGUGACUCGUCAUGUGACCAGUUUUCAUCGGAGGGACGUUUAUUGGUCAAUGUCAGCGUCAGCGUAUAUCCCCGACGAACGCGCAAGAGCGCAGGUAUAUCCUUUCUCGUAUGCCCCUUCUUUACGAAAGGACAAAGCGGCUUCGUCAGUUCCCGUUACGGCAGACUUUGCUUGGGGCUCGUGAAAGAAAGGCGGGACGACGGAAAAAUCUACGAAUGAGCACACAGUGUGCGGAAGGAUCGUGUGAAAUAAACUUGUUAUUGUGCAAAGUGGACGCUCCCAGGUACUUGUGUGCAUCGUGUUUACCGCGCAUGGUCCGUCCAGAAGAACCACCCUUCUUUUUCUAACUACUUUAAUUACAAAGAGCAGAAUAAUCGCCGUGUGCUCCAUGUCUGGUGUUUUUUAAAAGAUACGGUACAACAAUAUUCAUAGAAUCGAGAAAAAAUGGCGGCUUGAAUCUGUUCGAUGAUUAGAUUCGUGGAUUGUUUCGUGACCGACAGAUCUUUGCGCGAUCGUCGAAACGUGGAUUCGUCCAUGACGAGGAUACGUCCUGUUGAUCCUGUUAAUGGUAUCUCGACGUGAUACCUGAUAAAUCGUAGGAACACGGUCGAAUGAAAAUCGAUCGAAGGAAGAGACGAAACCGAAAAAGUGGCGCGAUCGGUGAUACGUUCGGUAAUACGCGUACCAACGUGCGAAUAUACGUAACGGAUAGUUGACGCAAAAGUCCGUUACCCUCAGUGGUAUUUGAUGCUUGGCUGACGUGCGCGUGUUCAUACUGGAGAUCGAGAAAGUGUGUAGCGGCGUUUUAACGUUAGACGAGCGUUAUCAUUUGCUUCGACGAUUAUGCUAUCCUCUUGUGCAAAGAUUGUAAAAAGAAACGUCGAAGAGAAAUCACUUGGUGUGAAAGAUCGUGCGAUGAACUAGAACGCAAAGAAGGCGAUAGGAAUUCUGGUCCGCCGCGAACGAAGAAGGAAUCGGAGGACGUGCGCUCUCGUGGAAGUGGAAGAGGAGCGCGCCAAGUGGAAGGAGCAACGGAGCAACGGUGGUGAAACAGGAGCGAAAGAGAGAAAAUGUCUCGGAGAUGAAAAUCGGUGGAUCGCGGUUCUCUAGGGAGUCGACUAAAAGGUAGUAAGAGGAGGCCAGUCCGGAUUUGAGUAGCGAAGACUAGAUCGUGGUCGGUUCCUUCGGGCUGUUUAGGUCGUUGUGGCAACGAGAACGAAGGAAAAGAGGACGACCGCGUCUAACCGGGUCGCGGUCGUGGAAAAAUCGAGUGUGCUACGGUGAUUCGGUGGAAGGAUGACGACAACCACUGGAAGAUACGGUGCUAUGGAAAUGAGACAUUCCAGGAGCGAGGAUUUACUCGGUGUGAUCUCCGGCUCGCGAUCUCCGAGUCCAAACGUGCCUCUGCCUAGUACCGCCUCCGAGGACGACCUUAUCGCGGCCAGCGCCCUCCACGAGGCCACUGACUCCACCAUAAAACCACCGUGUCCCUUGUUGUCCUCGAGGGUUGCCGGACCGGCGGGUUUUCCAGCGGAUCGUAUCGAUCCAGAGGAUUCCAUCCGAGAUAUCGUCACUGAAAACGAUCUCUACAGGUUCGUGCUGUUCAAGCGUCACUACGAUAAAUACGUUGCUUUGGCGGCGAAAUAUGAGGAAGCCAAAGGUGUCGCCUACUACUUGGAAGAACGUUAUCACGAGGUGAAGGCUGAAAGGGACAAGUUAGAAGAGACUCGACGGUCGUUGGAGAAGCGACUGGAGGGUUGCGAAGCAGAACUCCGAGGCAAAGAGGACGAGCUGUUCCUGCAACUGGAACGAAGCCUUCGUCUGGAGGAAGAGGUGGAGAGAGCUAAAACCGAACGCGACAGUUGCAUAGCUACUAAGGAUCAGCUGGAGAAGCAACGGGAAGUAGCUUUGCGCCGUCUGCAGAUGCAACUGGCGCAAAACGAGAUUACUAGGCAAACUCUUGAACGAGCUCGCCAGGACGUUGUCAAACAGGCUACUAUUAUUCGUGCCGAACGUGAUGCUCUUGAGAGAGAGAAUGAAGUUUUAAAAGAGAAGCUGCGUAUAGAACAGGGAGAAUUGGGAGAGGAAAGGCGUAGACGAGAGGAAGGUGUCGCAGCGCUGACUCGAGAAACGAUUACGUUGAGACACGCCGCGAGACAUCUUCGUGCAGCGACUCUACACGCUACGUCUUGCCGCCGUCGACGACGGUGUUCCGUUUGUUUAUACGCGAGGCGCACUUUUGCCGAGAUCGAUGAUUAUCGCGACGAUGGAAAUCUUUUCAAGUGCCUUCAAGCGCCGCUGCAGGAUCUACGUACCUGGUUGCGACCUAGCACAACGUCCGCGACGUCGAUGUCGCAUGGACAGAGGACCAGUUCACCGUUGGCCGAUCGAGAAAUAAGUUUCAUCGACGAUUCCAGCGUCGACAGUAGCCCCGGUGGAAGCAAUGCUAGCAGCAGCAGUACCACCAGUAGUAACAGCGCGUCCGACGAUGAAGCAUAUCCGAGUACUCCUGUUGCUGAAAUAUCGCUUUCAUCGGCUAACUCGAGCGCUCCAGCUACGGCUAGAGCCUUUUCAUCCGAUUCAGGAUUUUCUUCGGAAAUCGGAGAUCGAAGAUCACGAUGUUAUGAAAAUGGGGGUAGUAGCACCAGCAGUAGCAGUGGCAAAAGCAGGAAAAUUAGCGAGUCCCUUAGUUGCAGCGAACCGGACGAACAGAGAACGACAGGAUUUAGUCGAUCGAGGUGGACCUCCUCGUUUCGCAAGUUACUUGGACGAAAACCAAAGACCAAGCCCCCCACGCCUGACUGCUCUUCGUGAAAAGGCCAAGACUGAGAAGCACGUUAUCGUGCUUCAAACACGUAGUGCGAAAUCACCGUGAAAUUUAGUGCUCCCUCCCUUUUUCAGCUCCGUCAUUGAUCUAUCGAGAUUGUUCGCUUGAUCGGUAAAACAUUCCAAACGAAUUUGUUUACUAUUAAAGAAACAAUUCGAUACUGCCAGCAUAUUGAUAGUAAUACAAUCCUGGAUUUCUUCCUAGUAAUAACAUCGAAUUAAAGACCACAGAUUUCGAGUUAUAUCGAUAUAGAAACUUAUCCUCGCAAGUGAUCGUUACGGUCAUUUUACUAGUAGUUCACUUUCUUAUAUCUAAUACACCUUGGCUGAAGUUUCGGCUGUUAAUACUCGUCACACUAUGUAGGAAUUGAAAUUUCAACGGUUAUUAUUGCGAACGAUCGAUCAAAUUCGACUAAAGCGUACGAUAUUAGACAAAAGAACUCUGUUUACGAUUAUUGGAGUUGGGUCUGAAAUUUCUAGGCAUUUUGUUUUUUAUUGGAUUGUGAGUAAAAUAAUGUUAUUCAUGACGCAUUUUAUCAUCCUUACAUUGUUAUUGUUAGGGCGAUUGUUGUUCUGCUAGUCAAAGAAUAUAUAUAUAUACAUAUAUAUAUACAUAUAUAACAUACGUAUAUCUAAAUCGAUCGGUCGCAAUUUUAUUUGUUAGUUCGUAGAAUUACAGAUGUUCAAAUCUGCAACUCACUUUAGUAUCCAAUGAAAUUUUCAAGAUGUUUGUAGCAAAACAUCACUUGUGAAAUUAAAUAUGUUUUUGUAUACAAUAAUACAUCAAAACCAAAAAGCCAAUGUUCGCUUGGAUAACGAGAUUCUUUUACAGGCUAUUGUGUAAUGUAUACAUGAUAGGAACAUUUGAAUGAAUUAGAUUGGAAUCGAUAAUACGUAAAUGCAUCCGAUAAUAUAUCAUUAAUAAUCGAUUAUCAAACACGUAACAACUUCGUAUUCAGGGUAAUAACAAAUUCUCUUAGAAAUUUAAUUUUAGUUAUUAAACGAAUAAUUCAUUAGCAAUUAUUACUGAAUUUCUUCCUAAAUUUUGCUUGUAUGAAUUUAUCACAUAUUCUGUAUAUAUUUUCUAUAUGCUAUUUAUGAAUUUCAAUUAAUAGUUUUUUUAUGAAUUCACGGAAUAAGUAAGAUUAGUUCUCUGAUUCAUUGUUACGUUAAUGCAAAAAUCGUUGAAGUUUAUGACAAAUUAAAAAAUGCUAAUUCAAUGGAAAAACAAUAAAUGAAUCAGUGCUUUCCAGGAAGAUAUUUAUAGCCAGUUUAAAAUUUUAUAGUUUAUCACACAAAUUCUUAAAUUUUUGCAUCAACUAACAAAUCAAUGAUUUUAAUUGAUUUGAUUAUGUUUAAAUUUUUACCAACGAUAGAUAAAGUUGUUUGUUAACCAAAAACGAUUAUAUGUUAAAUAAAUAAGAAACCAAAAUAGAAAAAUUUUAAGGAUUAUCUGUUUAAUGAAUUAACUGCAAAGAUA